ACCCGGCAGUAGGUGGAGCUCCGCCUUUGAGCAAAUCCUGGCCAAACAUUUAACGAGGCGGGGGGGGGAGGCUGCCAGAAAAUGGCAGUGUGUGAGACCUCCUCUCCCCAAGGGCAGGGAGACUGGCUGCCAAGGCUAGAUGAGCCCCCUCGCUAUAAAGGAGACAGCCCGCACACCGGGACUCUCAGCACUCGCUGCUCCCUCCACAGGCAACUCUCGCCGAGCGCAUUUGCAUUUCACAAGGGAACCGGUACCUCUCAUUUCACCAGCUGAUAUCAACUGAUUUAAAGAGAUACUCCUGGGCAGGCUGAUCCCGAAUGUUUUUAUUGCUCUGAAUCUGAGGCCGGUCACCAGUUGCUUCACAGAUCGUCAACACACCCCUUGGAAUACAGGAGGACUGCCGGUUAUAGACUAGAGAAGGAACACCUGAAGCUUUGGUGCAAAGCUCCCUGCGAGUUGGAUCAUUGGAAACAGAUAUAAUUUUCUGAGAAUACAAUAUGAAGGUUCAAUUGCUACUGCUUGCCAAUCUGAAUCUCAUCUGCGCAUUCAUCCCAGGCAAUAUACCCGUCGGACUCAAGAAAAAACGAAUCUAUCAUCAGAUACGCCGUCCACCACCAGUGCAUGAAAUGAACCCAACGUUUUGGAGGAACCAAGCCCAGGAUACACUGAAAAAGGCCCUCAACUUGCAAAAACUCAACAUUGGCGUUGCAAAAAAUGUUAUUCUUUUCCUGGGGGAUGGUAUGGGUAUCCCCACGGUGACCGCUGCUCGUAUUCUGAAGGGCCAAUUGGAAAACAGGAAUGGAGAGGAAGGAUUCUUGGAAAUGGACAAGUUCCCACACGUGGCUCUUUCAAAGACCUAUAACACCAACGCCCAAGUACCUGACAGUGCUGGCACGGCAACGGCCUACCUGUGUGGCGUUAAGGCGAAUGAAGGCACCGUGGGUGUGAGCGCGGCCUCAGUGCGUAAACAGUGCAACACCACCUUUGGCAAUGAGGUGACAUCCAUUCUGAAGUGGGCAGAAGAUGCUGGCAAAUCAACGGGCAUCGUCACGACUACACGGGUGCAGCAUGCCACGCCCAGCGCUUCCUACGCACAUUCCGUGAACCGGGACUGGUACUCAGACUACGACAUGCCAUAUGAGGCACUGGAGCAAGGCUGCAAGGACAUCGCGCAGCAGCUCAUUUACAACAUCCCUGGCAUCGAGGUGAUAAUGGGUGGCGGCAGGAAGUACAUGUUCCCAAGGGACACUCCUGAUGUUGAAUAUCCCAAUGAGUGGAAAGCUAACGGCUCCCGGCUCGAUGGAAAGAACCUGGUGGAGGAAUGGAAACACUCGAAAAAGGACAAGAAAGCUCAUUACAUCUGGAACAGAGAGCAGCUGAAGAAACUUGACCUGAAUGAAGUGGACCAUUUAAUGGGUCUUUUUGAACAUGGUGACCUGCAGUACGAGUUGGAGAGAAAUAAAACUUCUGACCCUUCGCUCGAAGAGAUGGUAACAGCAGCCAUCAGGAUUUUGAGCAAGAAUCCAAAAGGCUUCUUCUUACUUGUGGAAGGUGGCAGGAUAGACCAUGGGCAUCAUGAAGGCAAAGCUAAGAUGGCCCUAUUUGAAGCAGUGGAGAUGGACAAAGCCAUCGGAAGGGCUGGCACAUUGACGAGAGACACUGAUACAUUAACAGUUGUCACCGCUGAUCAUUCUCACGUCUUUAUGUUUGGCGGUUACACGUUUCGAGGAAACAAUAUAUUUGGCCUUGCUCCGUAUUUAAGUGAUGUGGACAACAGGCCAUUCACCUCGAUACUCUACGGAAAUGGACCUGGCUAUGCCUUGGAAAAUGGAGAGAGGGCAAAUGUUUCAACGAGUGAAAUCAAUGAGAACCAUUACCAGGCGCAGUCGGCCGUACCAUUGAGGCACGAAACACACGGAGGGGAAGACGUGGCCAUAUUUGCGAAGGGCCCGAUGGCCCACCUCUUCCACAGCGUACACGAGCAGAACUACAUCCCGCACGUGAUGGCUUACGCGGCCUGCAUUGGCCAGAACCGGGACCACUGCACUAACCUCAACACCUUGCCCUGCGACAAUGGCGCCUGGGCUGCCCAGGGCACCAGUGCAAUCUUGUUAGCCCUGCUGGCACUACUGGCCUGUGUCUAGCUCAACAUCUACCUGGGACUUGCUCCAGGACGGACUGUCCUAUUAGUCAGGAAUCCACCCCCCUCUUUUCAGUACAUUGGCUAUGGCCUGUGAAACAUUGUGGUCAGAGGAACGAGUCACGGGAAGGAGCUGGGUGUAUCUAGAUGAAGCUAGCCACAGUCUCUCUGAUCACAGCACACCAUAAGCUCAAAAUGGCCAAUUCCCUCCCUGCCUACCAUCCUCACUUCCCUCGCCUACCUCCUAGAUCCUCCCACAGAGCCUCAAAUUGAGACCUGCAAUUUAAAGGCAUGAACCUUAAACAAAAACCACUAGCUAACUACGUAGCAAAAUGAAUUUUGAUAGCUAAAUUCCAAGUGCAGCCACUCUUGCAGUGACUGGCUCCCCCUGCUUCCUGGUCUGCCGGAGACCUAAUUCCGAGCUCCUGGGUAUCCCCAGUGGAUGAUAUCCGUGCCUGGUGCAUUGAACCAGCCGGACCCUACGCUCACACCCUCUGUCACAAAACAAGAUUCUCCUCACGCUCACCCGCCCCCCCAUUGGAUUGGAACCAUCGACUGAAUGAGAGCCAAGCACCAGCUCACCCUGACGAGAUUCUCACAGCGAUGAAAACAUCCCUGUCUCUUUGCACUGGUGCUGGACAAUCUCUCCAUCCCCCCCCCCCCCCCCCCCCCCCCCCCCCCCCCCCCCCCCCCCCCCCCCCCCCCCCUUCUUGAAGAUGCCAUUGAGUCAAUCACUGCGUUCCUCUCCAGCUUUCUAUGAAGUGUUUCUUCAUAGUUAGUAAAGCAGCAAAUAAAUGGGUGAAUGAGGGGGAGAGUGCGUGGUGGGUGACCUCAUAUCUGGCAUGGAGAAGCUAUCCUCAGUGCAAGCCUGUUAAUGGGGAUACGCAUGACUGGACUGUUGGUUAACCUCUCAGCAUGGAGGAACCAUCCCCAAAGGAAGCUGAGAUGUUUGUCAGAUUACAAUGGCUCUACCAAAUGGAUAAGUGGCAACCCUGGCGGACUUGCCUCUCAUGCACCCCUCCCCCCCUAACCCCAAAGGCAAUGGUAUUUGCUAAAUUUAAUGCGAUCCAUAGAUCUCGCCAGCUUCCGAGAACUCUUGAGAUAAUAGUGUUUUGUCUCGUAUUGGUUUCAGACAACCAGAACGAUGCCAGCGUUUGGAUCUUCCAGCAUUAGACUGUGCAAAACCCCAGGAACAUUGUCUUUUGCAUCAAGACUUUGAGCAUUAAUCUUGCAGAAGACCCAUUUUAAUGUUUUUCUACCUUUUUAAAUAGUCAUAUGAAGCAUCUCUGCGCCAAAAUAAAAGAAAAUCUGCGAAUAUUGGAAGCCUGAAACCAUAGCAUAAACUGCUGUGAAUUCUCAGUAGGUCGGGCAGCAUUUAUGGGUAGAGAAACAGUUAACAUUUCAGGUCCAACACCCUUCAUCAGAAAGUUAUUUUAACCAAUCUUUGACCUGAAGAGUUAACUCUGUUUCUCUCUCUAUAGAUACUGCCUGACCUGCUGAGUGUUUUUUUUGCACAUUCUGCUUUUUAAAUCUCUGUUCCAAAAGUUGGAUUAAUGUCAAAAUAACAAUUUACAACAGUCUGCGUGCGCUUUUAUUUCUUUACUCCAAUUUUCAUUUGUAGAAAUGUGAUCAAAAGGAACUGCAGAUGCAGGUUUAUACAAAAGGUGGAGACAAAAUGCUGGAGUAACUCUGCAGGUCAGGCAGCAUCUCUGGGGAAAAUGGAGAAGUAACGUUUCGGGUCAGGUCUGAGGAAGGGUCCAGCCUGAUGUGCUGAGUUACUGCAGCAUUUUGUAUCUAUCUUUUAUUUGUAAAAAGUUCUGUGUUUCCAGUGGGAGCUGACUCCAGAUCUCUAUGGGUGAUCACAGUUGUUGGAAGAGGCCACUUUCGUAUUGCAAUUGCUCAUAUCUCCUUCCCUUUUAGUCGGGAGGGUGUGGGGAGUUUAGUCACUGAGAUUGUGUUCAACAUGCUGCCACUGUGUUAUCAAUGCUCAUGACUCCCUGAGGAAACCCGAACACACCUUUGGAACAGAGGUUUUUUGUCGUGUUUCCUGAAUCUGAAAGCUCGACUUUGGAAUUCACUUCAAAUUCUCUUUCAACUUAUCCAUUAGGGAAUGAGAUUAAGCAGAAAUCGCAGAUUUGAAACAUUUAGAGAUGUGGAUACGCAUAAAGUUAUUUGUUAUCUAUUAAGACAUCAUUGAGGUAUAACACCACAACACUUUAAUGGUUGGAUAUAAAGCCUUCUGUAAAUCAAACUCAAAACAUAUUUGAAACCGUGUUCCUUUGUGUUAACAAUAUUACAUCUGUAGUUACAGAAAGCUUUUAUAAAAUAAAAUGUUUUCACUGUUUUAUCAAA